GGCCGUGGCUGUGCGCUGCAAUCUGCCGAGUGGCAGCAUUAUUUUUGUUCAGUGGGGUCCUGUCCUGUCUGCUGUGCCUGGUUUCUCACUCGCUUCUCAAUUUUUGGGAUUUUGCCCGUCUUUCAACUUUCCCUGCAAACUCUGACUUUUGGCUGCAAACAGAGAGAGAGAAAGGGGUCCGAGGGACAAUCAUAGCACGUUCAGGAUGUCAGGAUCCUUAGAAGUACGAAAGGAGCAGCAGCAGCUACAGCAACGGAACCUUGAGACUCGCUAUGAGAGCAGCUAUCACCAAAGCCGUCUAUCAUCUGUUAGCCACCAGUCUUAUGCUGCCCAUGUGAGCAGCCAUGGGGUCAAGACAUCGACCAAGAAGAAGGAGAAGAAAAUAAGCUCAGUCUCCAAAAAAGACAAGCGGGCUCGCCUGGCAGUGGACACAGAAGAAGAGGUCAUUGGAUACGUUGUACCAGUCUUUAGAAGCAGUCAUUUAGCCACAAAGGAGCUGAUGGAGAGCCAGGAGGAGGUGAAGGAAGAGGGCGUGGGGUAUGUCGUCAUGAGAAACCUGUUCUCCAAGGAUACCGAAUUUAAGACGAGAACUUACAAGAAGACCCGGGAGACCAGUAUAAGAGAGUCUGCCGAACGUUUAGCUCUGAGCAGAAAGAUACAUGAGAAAGAUGAAUUCCAGAGAAGGAUGAAUACGGACAGUUUGACUCACCCGCCGGAGUUUAUCAUGAAACCACGUGGCCAGACCGUUUGGGAGGGAACCAAUGUGACGCUGCACUGCACUGUCGCUGGAUGGCCCAAACCCCGCGUGGCCUGGUACAAAAACAAUGUUGUGAUCGAUGCAAAGGCUCACCCUGAGAAAUACAUCACAGAGAGCCAAUACAACAUGCAUUCUCUGGAAAUCAAGAACUGUGAUUUUACUGACACUGCUGAGUAUCGGAUCUCUGCUCUCAAUAUAAAAGGAGAAAGUUCUGCUUUUGCCUCUGUCAUCAUUAAAAGGUUCAAGGAUGAAGAAAAGGUGAUUGAAAGGCCUCAUGGUUACAGUUCUGAAUAUGGCGUCACCUUCAACACCACCAUCAUUGACAAGUUUGGCGUUUCAUUUGGCCGUGAGGGAGAGACCAUGAGUUUGGGAUGUACGGUCAUUGUCUACCCCGUUGUCAAGCGCUAUCAGCCAGAUAUUGUUUGGUACAGAAAUGGUGUUGCCUUGUCACCUUCUAAAUGGGUGACCAUGCAUUGGAGUGGAGAGCGAGCGACUUUGACCCUUGUGCACCUCAACAAAGAAGACGAGGGUCUUUACACCAUGCGUGUCAACACUAAGUCUGGCUUCGACACUUACUCUGCCUUUGUUUUUGUGAGAGAUGCUGACGUGGAGGAGGAGGGCGUUCCAGUUGCUCCUCUUGAUGUACGUUGCCAUGACGCCAAUAAAGAUUAUGUGGUUGUCACCUGGAAGCAGCCAGCGGUGGAGGGCAGCAGUUCUAUCAUGGGCUACUACAUUGACAGGUGCGAGGUUGGCACUCAUCACUGGGCUCAGUGUAAUGACACUCCAGUAAAAUACGCCCGUUUUCCCGUCACUGGGCUUAAUGAGGGACGCUCCUACGUAUUUAGGGUGCGUGCCUUCAAUAACGCUGGCGUGAGCCACCCGUCUCGUCCCUCCGACCCCGUAGUUGCCAUGGACCCUUCAGAUCGUGCUCGUCUCAGAGCUGGUCCCUCUGCUCCAUGGACUGGAAUGAUUAAAUUCACAGAGGAGGACCCCACAGUGGGGGUGGUCCCUGGUCCACCCACUGACCUGGCUGUCACUGAAUCUACCAAGAGUUACGUGGUGCUGAGCUGGAAACCACCUGUGCAGAGAGGACAUGAGGGUGUCAUGUAUUAUGUGGAGAAGUGUAUGGAGGGUGCUGACACCUGGCAGAGGGUAAACACCGGGAUGCCGGUGAAGUCUCCCCGCUUUGCCCUCUUUGACCUCGCCGAGGGAAAAUCCUACAACUUCCGUGUCCGCAGUUGCAACUCUGCUGGUGUUGGGGAGCCAUCGGAAGAAACUGGAGCAACUACUGUGGGAGACAGACUGGACCUGCCCUCUGUUCCAGGGCCUAUAGUUCCCAUCAGAAGCACUGAGACAUCUGUGGUAGUGAUCUGGGGGGCAUCCAAAGAGGUUAAGAAUCUGGUGGGCUAUUAUAUUGAGGUCAGCGUCAAUGGCAGCGGCAUUUGGGUUCCCUGCAACAACAAGCCAGUCAAAGGCACCAGGUUUGAAUGCCACGGGCUGAACACUGGAGACAAAUGUGUGUUUAGGGUGAAGGCUGUGAACGCGGCUGGAUACAGUCAAAGCACUGCAGAGUCUGAGGCCUGCAUUGUGCAAGCAGCAAUUGCCACCCCGAGCGCUUCUACUGGUUUGACCCUGUUGGAGAGUGCCCGAGACUACAUGGUGCUGGGAUGGACAGCUCCUGCUAAUAAUGGUGGAGCUGAGGUCAGAGGUUACUAUCUGGACUAUAGAACGGUUAAAGAUGGAGUCACAAGCAAGUGGCAUGAGCUUAACCUCAAGCCAGUCACCACCACAUCUUAUAAGGUGACAGACCUGAAGGAAAACAAUUUCUAUCAGUUCCAGGUGCGUGCAUUUAACCAGGCUGGUCUAGGUGAAGCCUCCAAACCUGGUGUCCCCUUGGAAUGCAAGGAAUGGACCGUUGCCCUUCCAGGCCCUCCUCAUGGCCUACAUGUUCUGGAAGUGCGCAAGGACUCCUUGGUGCUUCUGUGGGAACCACCGACAUUCAACGGUCGCAGUCCUGUGACUGGAUAUUACGUGGACUUCAAAGAGGAGGAUGGCAGAUGGAGAUGUGUCCAAGAAAGAUCCACAAAACAGACUUUCCUAAAGGUGACAGGUCUACAAGAGGGUGUUGCCUACAAACUACGUGUUCAUGCAAAGAAUAUUGCAGGCGUUGGCGGACCCUCAGAGUCGACUGAUGCUAUUUUAGCUCAGACUCGCCCUGGAACCAAUGAAAUCGUGGUGGACGUGGAUGACGACGGUGUGAUCUCUCUGAUCUUUGAGUGCUCUGACCUUAAAGAGGGAUCAAAGUUUAUGUGGUCUAAAAACUAUGAGGCCUUCACUGACUCUUCACGUCUUACUGUUGAGACGAGUGGUGGGAGGUCCAGAGCCAUCUUUAAUAAUCCCUCACUGGACGACCUGGGCAUUUACUCUUGUGUGGUAACCAACACUGACGGUGUCUCGGCCAGCUACGAGCUAACUGAAGAUGAACUUAGGCGCUUGUUGGAUAUCAGCCAUGACCACAAGUUCCCAAUAAUUCCCUUCAAAACCGAAAUGGCCAUUGAGCUUCAGGAGAAGGGACGUGUGCGCUUCUGGGCCCAAGUCGGCAAGUUCACAUCUAACUGCCAAGUGGAGUAUGUUUUCAAUGAUAACAUCAUCACUCAAGGAAAGAAGUACACAAUGAACUUUGACAAGAACACUGGAAUGAUUGAAUUGUUCAUGGACUCGUUAGAAAUCACGGAUGAAGGAACCUACACAUUUAAUCUUGUUGAUGGCAAAGCAACCGGUCGCACCAGCUAUGUGCUUAUUGAAACAGAGUUUGCAGAACUUCAGAAGAAGUCUGAGUUUGAGAGAGCGGAGUGGGUCAGAAGGCAAGGUCCUCACUUUGUAGAGUAUCUCAGUUUCGAGGUCACCCCAGAGUGUGACGUGCAUCUGAAGUGCAAGGUUGGAAACAUCAAACCUGCUACUGAAAUAAGCUGGUAUAAGGAUAAAAUUGAGAUUGCAGAGGGAGAUGAGGAUGCGAAGAAGAUUGGAAAAUCUGCUGAUGAAUUGAUCUUUGACAUUGGCAAGCUUGUUAUUAAGAGCGAAAAAGAAAAAGAGAAAGAACAGAAAAAGAAACCCAUCUCCGAGGAAAUCCCAAGCAAGCCAAAAAUUUCCAAGAAAGAUGCAGGAGUAUAUGAAGUCUAUUUGCAGGAUGAAAGAGGAAGAGACCAAACUUUGCUCAAUCUGACAGAAGCAGGUUAUCAAGCAGUGUUGAACGCAGUGUUUAAAGUUAUUGCCAACUCCUCUACUGAGCUCAAGGUUACAAGCACAGAACAUGGAAUCAUUGUGUACUCCGAUGUUGUGCAUUAUCUUGAAGAUCUCCGUGUUGGCUGGCUUCACAAAGAGUCAAAGAUCUCCCAAUCAGAAAGAGUGAAAAGUGGAGUCACUGGGGAACAGCUGUGGCUUAAAAUUAAUGAACCCACAGAGAAGGAUAAGGGCAAAUAUGCCCUUGAUAUCUUUGAUGGCUCAGGCAGCGUCAAGAGAGUUCUUGACCUUACAGGACAAGUAUGGGAGGAGGCAUUUGAGGAAUUCAAGAGGCUGAAAGCGGCAGCCAUAGCAGAGAGAAACCGCGCUCGUGUGGUGGGUGGCCUGCCCGAUGUAGUCACCAUUCAGGAGGGCAAGUCCCUGAACCUCACUGGCAACGUAUGGGGCGAUCCUGUUCCUGAGGUCAGCUGGAUAAAGAAUGACAAACCGCUGGUGUGUGAUGACCAUAUCAAGCUGAAGUUCGAGAACGGCAAGUUUGCCAGCAUCACCAUCGCUGCAGUCUCAACAGCUGACUCUGGGAAAUACGCCCUGAUGGUAAAGAACAAGUACGGCACAGAGGCAGGAGAGUUUACUGUCAGUGUCUACAUCCCAGAGGACGAAGCGGAGAAGAAGGAGUAAAGAGGGGUUUAACUAAUGAUCAGUAUAUCUUCCAAAGCUUUUUCAUUCAAAGCAAGCCCAGUAUAAUAUUAUUUAUAUAUGGGAUAUCUAUUUAUCUUUGUAAUCGAGCACACCAUUGUGAAAUUGGAGCUUGCGUAAAGAGGGUCACUUAGGCCUGAUCUUACUAUAAUGCUUUAUUACAGUUUCCCAAUCCUGGUCCUCGAGGACCCCUUCCCAGAAUGUUUUAGAUGGCUCCUUAUUUAACACACCUGAUUCAACUCAUCAGCUUGUUAGGGAGAUGUGUUUACCUUUUUUGAAGGGGCUGAUAAGUUGAAUCAGGUGUUUUCAAUAAGGAGACAUUUAAAACUUUCUGAGAGGGGGUCCUCGUGGACCAGGAUUGGGAAGCACUGCUUUAUUACAUUAGCCUCCCAAUGGGUUAAAAUCUUUUGUGAUGUCAAGGUUUUAACCUAUAGAUAUAUACACUAGAUGUCGCCUUGGGGUUCUAAGCAUGCGACAAAACCGCCCCCAUCUUAGAACAGGGGUCUUGUCAUAGGAAGUAUCUAGGUAAAGCUGCUAUUUCCCCCUGUGCUUCUAAUUCAUGGAUGAUGCCGGACUUUUGUGCUGCGUAUGGAUGUUAGGGCUACUAGCACUAUGAAUUAUAGUUAGAAAAAGUAAAUUUUCACAAAAUCAAAACUUUAUUUUUUUUCUGGACUCAAUGCUAUACAAAUCUCUGACUGUUGAAACGAACUAAAAGAAUACCAAGAAAUUCGCGUUCAUGACGAUUUAUGGUGAUUUUAUUUCUGUUACACCAUUGCCUACAAUGACGCUGAUGCGGGGUUCCCCUGUUUCAAGAUGGCGGCUUAAGUUGACGCAUUCGGUCCAACGAACUGCCGUAGCCAAGGUGACAUCUGGUGUACAUAUCUAUGAUUUUAACCAAAGUGAAUUUCUAAACCAGGGUAAGGUAUGGCCACUAAAACAUAGACAACUCAUGAUUUUGGCAAAAGGAAUAGUUAUCCUAAAAAAAAGUGUAUAAUAUAUAUAUUCUCCUAAAAAUAGCUUUAUAAUGGCAUUGGAUAGUGCCCCAUUUUCCAUGCUCGAUAAAUAUAUCAAAAACAAAUCUGUCAGGUUAUUAAAUGUCUUCCGAGGCGAAGCGAUGUUUUUUUUUUAUUAAAACAUUUAUACUUCAAACUACAGUUGGUUAUGUGUUCACAAAAGCUGAUGUAAGGAGGAAGGCUGACCGCUGACCGCUGACCCAACGUUACAAAAAGCAAUCACUUGAGAAGAAAUUAAUGAACUGUAUGGAUUAAAAAUAGGGCAUCAUCCAAUGUCAUUAUAAAGCUGCCAGGAUAUUAUUAAAUAUAACUCCAACUGUGUUUGGUUGAAAAAGGAAAGUCAUAUAACUAGUACAGUUUGAGUAAAUGAUGGGCUAAUUUUCAUUUUAAGGUGAACUAUUUCUUUAAGUCUGAAAUACCCGUUUAGCAAGUUAAAAUACAGUAUAAUGUACACAGCGAAAUAGCAAAAUAAACCAGUAAGAUUGGUAUGAUUUGAAUCGAAAAGCUUUGAAUGUUGUUUUAUUUCUAAGCAUAAACUGAAACAUAGCAGUGCAAAAUGAGUAUGUACCUGUGCUGUGUCUCAUUUUAAUUAAAAUGUGUUGUUUCUGGUGUGAA